CACCCUGCCAGUCAGACAGGCAGGAGCAGGGGGACAGAGAGUACACAGACCGCAAUGCAAUCUGUGGUUUCUGACUUGUUCAUGGAUAAAUUGUCUCUGUCUGAAUUAAACUUCUUUGCCUGAUGCAUCCACAGAGCAUCAGGUGUGAAGGAAGAGGUUCCUGAACCUGAGACCUCCACAGGAAGAAGAGGAGAAACACUGGAUCUAAAGCAUGCACUGAAAUCCAACGGGCCAAAGUGUCAAAUCAAGAUUAUCUGAUGUCAACAGUUGUCAGCACAGACGUCUGACUCAUACACUCGGAGUCCUGCACGAUGCCGGCAGGAGGAAGGAGGUUUUCAGACGUGGAGAUGUUAGUGGGGAUGGAGGACGAGCAAAGGGACACUGCCAGGAGCAGGGCUGGGAGCUGUGACGACUUUUACACAUUCAGAAAGAUGAAGACCUUGGCCCAAAGACGACAGUCGGCUCCUUCGCUGGUCAUCAGCAAAGCACUUACCAGAUCGAGAAGCACGUCCAGGGAAAGCUGCCUGACGCCAGUAAGCCCAGAGUCGUGUCCCCUCGUCCAGGCGUUCCUGGCUGAGUGUCCAGGCCGCCUAUUCCUGGGACACGCCCAAACGCAGCUAAAGACGGGCCUGCAGACUCAGGAGAGGCAUCUCUUUCUCUUCACGGACACGCUACUCGUCGCCAAGGCCAAGUCUCCGACUCAUUUUAAAGUGAAAGCCCAAGUCCGGGUGUGUGAGAUGUGGACGGCCAACUGCAUCGAGGUGGUGUGUGAAGGAAGCACUAACACAGAGAGGAGCUUUGUCAUGGGUUGGCCCACCUACAACUGUGCGGCCACCUUCAGCGCUGAGGAGCACAAGGACAAGUGGUUGGCGCUCAUCAAAAGUCGGAUAAUUGAGGGAAAAGAGAAGGACGACCCUAAGACCAUACCACUCAAGAUAUUCGCAAAGGAUAUUGGAAAUUGUGCUUAUGCCAAGACGCUUGCUGUCAGCAACAACGACAGCACCACUGAUGUCAUCCGAAUGGCUCUGCAGCAGUUUGGCAUAUCGGGUUGCGUUAAAGACCACCGGUUGUGGGUGAGCUCCAGUAAAGACGACCCUCCGUACCCUCUAAUCGGCCAUGAGUUUCCCUUCAGCAUCAAGAUGAGCCACAUCCGGGACGGUGGGAGCAACGGCGGAGGACGCGGAAGAGGGGGGGAUCCAACAAGUCCCACAGACUGUCCAGGGGUGAUGCUGCUGGACCAGUGUCUCCCUCCUGACACCCAGUGCCAGUUCAUCCUCAAACCAAGCAAAGUCGCCCCAGGACAGGCUCAACUUCUAGAGCCCGGUCAGCAGAAGUCUUUUAAGAGGAAGAGGUCUCUGAUCAACUGGCCUUUCUGGAGAGGCUCCAACACACAGCUGGACAGCCUGCCCCUUUCCCCAACCUCCAUCUCUCCCACUCAGGGGCGGCUGUUCGGACGACCACUGAGCUCCAUCUGCUCUUCAGACCACGGCCUGCCCAAGCCCGUCAUGGACAUGCUGGUGUUCCUGUAUCUGGAGGGGCCCUACACCCGGGGCGUCUUCAGACGGUCGGCCGGGGCCAAAGCUUGUCGGGAGCUUCGAGACAGACUGGACAGUGGGACUGAGGACCCAGAGAUCUCACACCAGUCUGUGUUCAUCAUCGCCGCCGUCUUCAAGGACUUCCUGCGAAAUAUCCCGGGCAGCUUGUUGUGUGUGGAUCUGUACGAGCGGUGGAUGGACGUGAUGGAGGGAGACCGAGGGGAGGAGAGGACGCAAGCUGUCCAGAGGUUGCUCCACCUACUACCUGGCGAGAACCUGCUUCUGCUGCGACACGUGAUCGCCAUACUGCACUGUAUCCAAGGCAACGCCCUCGACAACCAGAUGAACGCCUUCAACCUGUCUGUCUGCAUCGCUCCCAGUAUGCUUUGGGCUCCGGCGCCAAGCACCCCUGAGAUGGAGGGGGAGGGCACCAAAAAGGUGUGCGAGCUGGUCCGGUUCCUCAUAGACAACUGCAGCAGCGUCCUGGGAGAAGACAUCACCUCGCUGUUCAGAAGCUUCAGCCAGAAGAGCAGCAGCAGUGACCACGGAUCAGAUGCGUCGUCCUUCCAGAUGAACGACUCGUCCUACGACAGUCUGGAGAACGAGCUGAACGAUGACCCUGAGUCCCCCUUCCAGGAGCAGCUGCCGCUCCGUGACAAGGACAAGCCGGACAGCCGCAGCCGCGACUCCGUUAUUACCCUCAGUGACUGCGACCCUGACCCUGACCCCGAGAGCGACCUCCUGCUGCAGCUCCCCCCGCUGGCCAGACCCAGGAGGUUCAGCCCUGCAGUUCGACAGCCUCGCACCCGCCAGGCCAAUGGCGUGUCGCAGGGUCCCAGGAGGCUGAGGAGAAGUUCGGAGCCCGCCUUGGCCCUGGCAAGCACGCCGCCAUCAUGCACUUUGAUGGCUCACGCUGAUUGUCUGCCUGUAAGGAAGGCGAGCUACGAUGCCGCCAUGGAAGGGGAGCAGGAGCAGGGGGUGGAUGAGGUGUUCCUGGAGCAGGGGCUGAACGGGCUGCAGCUGAAGGAGGAGGGGGAGGAUGGACGUGAGAAGGGAGGAGCCAAAGUCCAGAAUGGAGGCUGGAGGAAGGUGAAGCACACAGCUCCACCUCCGUUGCGACUGGACGCCAGCUGUUCCAGUCUGUCGUCACCUGCAACCUCACCCACCGGCUCCUCCCUCAGCUCUUUAGACUCCGCCUUCUCGCAGUAUUCUACUGACUACGCCACCAAUGGGGUGAUUCCAUUGGCUGAGCCUCUUCCUCUCUCCCCUCUCUAUCCUGGGCGGCCCAUGCUGUCACCCAGGGACUCCCCCCCUCAGAGGGAAGCCAUGCCUCUAUGUCCACAGCCCACCCAGCCCAUCCGGACCACCUCCCACCCCCACGGCCUCCACCCUAACACAUGGCUCAAGAGGGACCGCCGCCUGUCACUUAAGCAGUCUGAUAACGGGCACACAGACGAGGACUUGCCUGUGGUAAAUGGGAAAACCAACCCAACCAGUCAUGGCUGCUCCGUCGGUGCCCAGGAGGCGGCGGGAGUGAACCGAAGCUGCCAGCGGAGAUCAAGCAGCCCUCCGUCCUACCAGCAGGCUCUGCAGCAGCUGCAGCACAGUCGCUCGCCUUUCUACAAGGGGACUGAGAAGCCCCUGACGGUCAAAGAGCUGAGGCAGCUCCAUGACCAGACCUGUACCCACAGACCCCCGAUCCCAGCCUCUAAUAACAACCCCAAACCCCCCAUAGGAAGUGAGGCCACACAGAAACUGGCUGGAAACGAGUGUGUUCAGCCCCCGCAGGGUGUUUUCUAUGGACAAAGCAGCACCACUCUGGUCCUCCAGAGGCAAAAGUCUCACUCUCUAACUCCGGCCAUGGAGGGACACAGAGGGAAGACCCUCCCCCGCCGAGCGUCUGAGCCCACCGAGGUCACUGCAAACUCCUCUCACCCAUCCUCCAGCCUCAGCCUGAACAGACCUCGAAUCUCGAAGGGUCAGGCCCAGGAUGCCGGCCUUAGAGUAACAGACGUAGAGCCCAACCAUGCUGAGCCUCGCUUCUGCCUGUCUCCCUCCGCCACCCAGACUGUACGGGACUACUUUUCCUCGCAGGAUCAGGAGGGUGCAGAUGCCUGCUUGCGGAGGAGUCAGGAGGUGGCACUGGCUAUAGUGCAGGGGAAGAGGGAGUGGCAGAGCAGGCGAUGCAGCGACCCGCGAGUGGACGACUUCGAGCAGCUUUUUUUCGCAGAAGAGUCAUACGUGUAAAUAAGAACAUUGUACAGACAAACUGUGUAUGAGAGAUUGAAUUUAUAAAACUGUUGUCAUUAUUAAUGUGAUUAUAUUCUUCCAUAUACUCCACCUGGCAGCAGGAGUUAACCCGGUGCAACAAAAAGGCAGUUUACUGCAAUGGUACAUCCAAGGUUCAAAAUCAUAAAAGGCAGAGAUGCUCCUCCUGCAUCAGUGAGUCUCUUAAUGGGAAUAAUCUGUAUAUUAUAACAAACAUCUGGCAAAAGUACAAUGAAAGUUUUGUUAGUUAUAAUCCCUAACAUUCUUUCAUGUUUUUUACAGUGAUGUUACAUUGAAGAUCCUCAAAAAUUUAUUUAUUGAGUAUUGAUGCCCAAUUUGUAAGAAACAAUUAACUGAACAUCUAGAUUCCUAAACAUCAGUAACUGUACUGUCAGUACAGGUUAAGUUACAGCCCUCUGAAAAACAUGUGUUCUCUGACUGUGUGUCCUUGCUUUACCUUCAGAAUGUGAAAUAAUGAGGGAAGCGGCGAAAAUGAAAGAUUGAGGAAGUCUUAUUUCAUUCCUGCAAAAAAAGAAGUGAGAAAUCAAUGAUGUACAUUGGCAUACGUGUGGUGAAUAAAGUUCUCAUGUAAAAAGAAUGACGUCAAGGACACAACCAGAGGUGACAGAUGUUUUAGAGGCUGCAAAAGCACAACUGUUAUUUACUGCUGCUCUGUACAAUAAUGACAAUAAGGUCAAGAUGAUCUGAUGCAAACACUGUGGACCUGGUUUUUAGUUCUUUCCACAACACCCGUGAUGUUUCCUGCAGUGCUAGAGGAGGAAAACACAGAUGUCUCCCACUGUACAUACUUGUACCUUAAAAACACAAUAUAUCUCAGAGUAUUUUAAAUAGCAAUUCCACCUUUAAUGACCGAUUGCAUCUGUUGAGUUUCUGUUUCUUUCUUGUGGAGUGUUUAUACAUCUGAGUCAGUGAAAUCAGUGGGGCUGGUAUUUAUUCGUAUGAGCUGAUUUUCCAGGCGCACACCACACAGUGUUGUCCUCUGCAGCUCUGGUUCAUGUCUCUGUCACCUGCGAGAGGAGGGGAGGGUGGGGGAGGAAGAAUAAAAACUGUCGAUGUGUGUGUGUGUGUGUGUGUGUGUGUGUGCGCUUGUGUGAAAGUCUGCUGAGUAUGACGUGAUCAUUGUCGGCCUGUCCUGAGCAGGAAUGUGAGAAAACUUGUGCCACUGAGGGAAAAAUCUCUUUAAUUCUUGCUUUCAUUGCACUUCAAUAGUUUCACCGAGAAACCCUGUUAGUCUCACAGGAACGUGAAGGAUACGGCCUGCGUGUGUGUUUGUGUGUGUGUUGAAUGCACAAACAGUCCCUGUAGCUGUUGUAUGUUUGUUCAUAAUAAUACGAUGAUGUUGCAGUGUUGAUUUCUGGUGUGACACUUUACAAUUAAUGACCUUAUUUCCCUGUGUAUUACUGCAAACUGUGUAGAUACAAACUUGUAGAUUAUGCAGUAUUCUCCAAGUAUUACUAUGAACUGAACUUUUCCACAGAACAACACUCUGGAAUAAGGUCAUUGUCAUGUGAAGUGUUGCCAUUUUAAAUGGUGUCAAAAUGUACUUUAAUCCUGUAUUAUUAAUAUUUUAAUUCCUCUCUCCAUUACAGUGAAUUGUGUCCAACAUGUAUAGCUCUGCAUAUUUAUGAUAUAGAAAUAUAUAUAUAUAAAUAUAUAUAAAUAUAUUAUCUUGUUCCUUUGGUAUGUUGUGUUGUGUAAGAAAUUCAUAUGUGUAUUUUUGUACAUGCCAAUUCUGCUGCUGCUGUCUCUAUAGAAAGUAUAUUUGCUACAAAAUGCACCAUUUGUAUAUUGUGUACAUCUGAUGUCCAGUGUUCAUGAGAACAAAAACCUUUUUAAUAAAUGUUGCUCUUGUGAAAACUA